AUGACAUCGGUGGUUUCUUCUUCAGAACAUGUGAUUAUUAUUGUAUUGUGGAAAUAUCGGUUGAGUUUGUAUCGUUGGAAACGGAGAGAUGAUGUCAAGAUUAUCGUUGUGGCACCUCCACGGAUGCUCGUUGAUGAGACCAAUGUCGAUGUCUACUAUCAAGUCGAACCGCCAAUUCGCGAUCACGACCACUGUCUCUUGAUGCAUAAAGUCCGCGAACUUUGUUCAAUUUUCUCGUCAAAAAACCCGAAAUUAGUUGUCUUCGAGAGAUCUUUACAACGUCCAAUUGCACAAAUUCGACGAGAUAUGGAAGUGGAUGGAUUCAAACCGGAACAACUUUUACAUUUCAUGCAUGCAGAAGAGGCGAUUACAAUGAGAAAUGGAUUAGCUGCAAUCAGUUUGAGACAAUGCUCUUUAUCCGGAACACCACAACCGGACACGUGGGCAGAGGCUGUUAGAAAUCAGAUCGGUGGAUUUCCAGCAGUCGUUCGGCCUCUCCGUCAUCACUGUGCCCAUUCCGUUGGUUUCAUCAGAAACGAGAAUGAGUUCAAGAAUUGGUUCAGACGAAACUCAAGUGUUCACCGUAACGAACAUUAUGUUGUACAAGAAUACGUGGAUGAUGGACAUGAAUUCAAUGCAGUUUGCUCUUCAACUGAAGGAAUUCUUGGAUGUAUUUCAGCAAUCGAGACACAUCGUUCUGUUUUAGAAUGCAUUCAGAACCAACAAUCAUAUGCUUUGGAGUAUCUUUCAGCCAAUCAGACAAGGGAUAUUUUUCCUGGAUUAGAAUCGUUUUGUAUUCAGGUAAUCAAAAGUGUAUUCCCUAGUUCCUAUCUCGGUCUGAUCUUCAUCCGUGGGUAUUACAAAGAUCACAACGAAAUAUUCUUCCUCGGAUUUGGUCUUGAGCCUGAUAGUGAAACAGCCAGACAUCUCUAUGCACUUCCUCAGAGUUGUCCGUGGGAAGUUUUAGCAUUGACGGCGCAACUUGGACCUCAACCUGAAGACUCCACGAACGUCGACAACAACUAUCACUUGGUGAUCAAUUUUCCAUCUGCCGAAGGAGUUUUGAUACAUCAAACUAAUAUCUUGAGAAGAGAAAGUAACAUGCGAGUCUCUUGGAAAAGUGCUGAAAGUGCUGAAAUGAAGGAUAGUGAUCACCUAGAUGACAAUGUACUUCAAGUGUUUCUUUGGAAUUCAAAUAGAACUAAACUACUUGCCGACUGCAAUGAUAUCAUGAGAUCAACUGACAUCACUAUUGACAGAAAUGCAUUAAACGAAAGACAUAGUUUGUGUCGGAAGAAUGUGGCAAAGUUAACUGCAAAGGAGCUCGUCAGAAGCUGCACGACAACCGACUAA